UUGUGUUAAGCUUGGAGAGGUUUAACUAAAGUUAUUUUAUAUUCAGUCCAAAAAUUACGCACAAAGAGCGCGAAAGAUGAGUGAGGUAGAUUUGAUUGAAAAAGUAUCGUGUUUGGAAGAAUCCAAUCAAACCAACGCUAUUACGGAUGUCGCAGAUGCUUUGGGUCACGGAAACGGACUCGACCACUAUGGAAAUCGAAUCAAAGCACGCAUGCCAGUUGAUCGUUAUGCAUCUGACUAUAAUAUGAAUCAUCCUAAACGUGGUUUUGCCUUACUUUUCAAUCAUGAACAUUUUGACAUUCCGCAACUGAAAUCAAGAACUGGAACAAAUGUAGAUUGUGAAAAUCUAGCCGCAACAUUAAAGUAUCUUGACUUUGAUGUAAGAGUAUACAAAGAUCUCAAACUUCGGGACGUGCAGAAGGAAGUGGAAAAAGUUGCCUUAAUGGAUCAUUCGGACCACGAUUGCAUUUGUGUGACAAUUCUCUCACACGGUGAACUUGGUUAUUUGUAUGCUAAAGACUGUCAGUACAAGUUGGAUAUUGUUUGGUCGUACUUCACUGCAAAUAGAUGCCCAACUUUGGCGGGUAAACCUAAAAUUUUCUUUAUUCAAGCUUGCCAGGGAGAUCAAUUGGACGCUGGAGUAUCACUGGCUGAGCGCACAGAAACUGAUAGUUCUGGGUCAAUGAGUUAUAAAAUACCUGCACACGCAGAUUUCCUAAUUGCUUACUCAACCAUUCCCGGAUUUUACUCGUGGCGAAACACUCAAAAAGGUUCUUGGUUUAUGCAAUCGCUUUGUCAAGAACUUAAUCAGCAUGGUAAAAAAUAUGAUAUUUUGACUCUGUUGACCUUUGUAGCGCAACGUGUGGCAUAUGACUUUGAAUCUAAUACGCCUGACAUCCCUAUGAUGCACCAGCAGAAACAGAUUCCAUGUAUAACAACGAUGCUUACCAGAUUGCUUCGCUUCACAGAUAAGUAAUGUAGCAUGUCCUUAGGUUACUUUUGUUGAAGUUACUACUUCAAAAAAAUAUGGAGCAGAGUAACACCAUUUUAAAUUCAAUAAGCAAGUUGAGCAACUCGUGACUAAGGGCGGGUAGAAAUCUGGUAUCAAUGUGGCUGUUUUUAUACUUAUUUAGAAUACCAUGUACGUUAACAGCAAAUUUUAAAAAGUGCUGUGUAUUGAAACGUAUUUUAUGUUUGGGUAUUUUCGAUGAUACUUAAUAUUCAAUUCGUAAUUUCUUUAACACUAAACAUACCGACUGAACUCCACGAAUAUUUUUUGCUUACAGACCGAAAUUGCCACGGUUGUCGAUAAAUGAACAUUUGUCUCGAUAAAAAGAUAAAUAGUAGAACAAUCAGCUUUGCAUUAUGUUUUAAAUACAUUUUCUAAUAAAAAUAGUUAGGCGGAAUAGUGCUAUGACGCCGUGAAAACAAGCCAAAAAAGCAAGGGGUUAAAUAACCUCUUCACGGUAUGUUUAAUGUUACGACAUCAAACUAUAGUUACUAUAUAUAUAGUUCGGCGGAUAGAAAACCAGGCGAAUUGGCAUCCCUGAUUUAUGAAAUUAAAUUUGAAAUUAUGGUGAAAUGUGCAGGUUUUUACGAAAAAUAAUCAUUUUGGAUUUUGAAAAGCUUUUGGCUCCGCUUUUGACGUUUAUUUGGCUCCCGAUUUUCUAUCCGCCGAACUAUAUAUAUAGUAACUAUACAUCAAACAAGCAAUGCAGAAUCAGCAGAAACAACUAUUAACGCAAGCUACAUGACCUAAAUUCUCAUGGCCAUUUUAUAAAAACGUAAAAGUGUCAAGGGUGUUAUUUUGUUUAACUAGUAUAUUCUCUUAUAUCUAAGCUAAUACUAUUGUAUUGAAAUAGGACAGAUUUUUGGAAUACAUUUCUUAAUAUUGUUUUGACAACUUUUCUAACUCCAGUCAUUGAUUUCUCGUAAGGUUUUAGGGGAAUGUUUGCAACAUGACCUACACACUUAAAAACACGACUUCAGUGCUUUUUUUAAGUGUGUAGUAAUUUUUCUAAGCCAGAUCUAAAACUUGGGGAAUAAGGUAAAAGGCAAUUUUCACGAUAGAGUUUCGUUUACAUGGCUGCCAUUUAUAAAUAUUUCCCAAACAAUUUAUCCAGUAUUUUCAAAAAUAAGAUUUUGGUAAAGUAUGCUCCCGAAACGCAAGUAAAAUCCAGUAGAAUGAUAUUUAUUCGCAUAUCAGUCCUUUUUUGCUUGAGGUCAUCCGAGUUUAUGAAUAACUGAAAAAAAUACGUACGUGCUUUUUACUGGAACACAAUAAAAAAAUUAAAUGAAUUGGAAUCCUACUAUGUUUAAUAAACAUUAAAUGCAACCAAAUACAUAGCAGUAACUUUAAUGAAUUGAUUUCUAUUACAAUAAAAAUUUCAUAGAUUGGUCAUACAAACAAGUUUUCUACAGAAAGUUCAACAGAUAAAAACAAUCUAAAAUGUUGAAAAUGUGUACAAUUAAUUGAUGUGAUGAGUAUGCGAGAAUUUUCUGAUAUGUCGACCAACAGUAAAAACAGCACUUUUUCAAUUACGAUAAAGCAAAACUAAAAUACAUUUGAUGCCAUUACAAAUAUAUAACGUUUGAAGACUCAGGAAAUUAUACUAAUUACCGACACCGGUUUCUUUACACUACUCAAGCUCAUCGUUUGAUUUAAAAUAUCGAAACUAUAACCGUUUAAGGUAAUUAUAUCACAUUCAUUACAAAAAGGUCACAUCUGACAACCAACGCACAAUUUUUAUUUAACAUUGUAAAAUAUUGAUACAGACAUAUAUUUCACAGAGAAAGAAAACUGCCAAUAUACUCAGAGAACUGUUUAGAUAAAUUUUAGAUUGCCUUGCAUAUUAAAUAAAAUAAUUUGUCAUAUUUCAAAAUAAUUAAGCAAUCAAACAUCUUAUUUAAGACAAAUUGACCGUCAGAAACAAAAAAAAAAUGUUGCAAAAGCGCGUGAAAAAUAAGAUCAGAGUUGUGCGUCUAUACAGCCUCAGUGAGAAAUAUCAGUCAGAAGUUAGACCAGAUAGACAGUCGCAAGCAAAAAAUUCGGCACAAGGGUAACAUUUCUUACCAGAUAGUGUUUCAAACCGUUAUCGGCGCUAACAAAACAAAAAUUUAUUUAGUCCUGACAAGAAAAUUCAUUAGACUACAAAAAUGUGAUUCAACAAGAACAGCAAUUGUUCGAAAUUACGCCCUUUUAUCAUGUUUCUUUUGGCCGGGAUGACAAAAAAUAAGUAUCAAAAUCAAAUAAUCAGAAGAGGUAUAAAAAGGAUAUUUCGUAAAGAAACAUGCAGUGAAUGUGAUAUUUUGAAAAUAUCUGUUAGCGUUUUUGUGAGCCGAACAAUCAACCCUCUCUGUUCCAUGGUGACUCUUGAUGCUAAAAUCAGCAUAUUAAAUUUUAAAGUUAUUUAACCAUGGAUAUUUCUAUUAUCGAAAUCUAGUAGAAAUAUUGUUGUAUAAGCGGUAUAAUUAUGCUUGACGAAUUGUUUGUUUUAGUUAUUUGCGGAGGACUUUGGACCUUGGGACAAAAAGGUUGAAAAGGCAAAAAGAAACUCUUAGAUCAAGUUUCUAGUUUACCGUGUCAACAUUUAUUUGCCCCUUUGAUUAAAAUAUGCCUACAAAUCUUUUAAGCUAUUUAUGAAAUGAUUAAACUGUUCAAAAUCGUUCCACACACCGAAAGACAUUUUACCAUAAUCUACACAUAUUUGCAACCGUGCAACUAACAGACAGAUGGAAAUCCAUGUACCACUUUAGAAUGGCUUAGGCACAUAAGUUGUCAAUUCAUACAAAACGAAAAUAAAAUUUAUUCAUUUUGCUUCACUUUUGUUAGAAGCUGCCUAGUUUAAAUUUAUCAAAUAUUGAAUAAGCAUUGAAAGAGAUAGCUCGUAGUUUUAAGAAGCAAAAGAGGACACUUAUAUUUUUAGAUACGAUAGAAAAAUGCGAAAA